AUGACUGGCAAGGAAUACCCCAGCUCCCCAGAGCAAUGGGAAAUAUUGGGCACUUCAUCAGGCGAGUUCAGGUGCAUUUCUAGAGAUUGUCCAGGGGCUGGUAACAAUAAUAGAGAACCAUCCAUAACCACAAGGGGCAGAACCUCUUCCAGCAAAAUGGUGCUGCCUCACCCAAAGGUGGUCUAGGAGACCGUUGGAGGACCACAAAGCUGCAAGUGGCUUUCCUGGGGCCUGCAGGGAACAGCUGGAGGACACUUGGAAGGGCACCCACACCGGGUCUCACAGGAGUCUGCACCUGCAGGUCAUUCUGGCAUUAGCCCCUCAUCCUCUGGAGUUCAUCUCAUCCAGGCGAAGACAGCUGGCUGGCCUCAGAGGAUGUCAAGCCUUGAGCAGUGCCUCCUCCCGAUUCAGCACGUCCCUGGUGCUGACUUUCUGCAUGUGUUCACUUUGAGGAUGCAUUUUGGGCCUGCAAGAAAUGUUAAGCUGGUUGAGGCUUUAUUAAAUUCAAAUUCAAGCUGUUAA